GAGAGGAAGUAGUCGCCACUUUGGCCACAGAAGUUGAGUCUUUAUCGCUGUUUGACAUCCACUGUGGGACAGGUACGACACAGAAAGACGCUUCGGUCCUUCGACUGCUUGAGCGGACACGGCAGAGGCAGGCGGGCGUCUCGUCCUCGGCAUGGAAAACAAGGCUGACGUAAAAGCCAUCAUGGCCCGAUUCCAAGCCAGCACCGGGGCCACCGAAGAGAGCUCCUCGCCGACGCCGGGACGACCCAAAGCGCCCCUCAACCUCGCCCUCUCCAGCGGUCCCACUGUACUGUCCAAGAAACCGGUCUUGGAGAGCCUCUCGGGCGGCGCCAUCACGAUACCCCCCAAACCUCCAUACCUUAAAAACAUGGCGCCCGCUAAGAGCGACAGAGAGGUGCACCAUGUGCCCAAUAAAACCAAAGCGCUGGCUAGCAGGUUUGAUGGCAGCCAGGAUGACAGCAGCAACAAAACGCCUCUCCUUGACAGAGGACACGCCCCCAUGAAGACGCCUCCCACACCAAAGCCCACCCUCAAGCCUCCCCUGAGCACAACCCUCUCCAACCCCAAACCUGCCCUCCCUAAGCCCCCUCCAGCAGCAUCCAAACCCAGCAACGGUGACUUGUCUCCCAAAAUACCUCCUUUGACCCAAAAACCCAGCAGCAGCAUCGUCAAACUCUGGCAGCAGAAUGAAGCUCACGUGGACAAACGUCCGGCGGAAUUGGACAAACCGCCAGCCAAUCCCGCCAUCCCGCCUCCAAAACCUCCAGUCAGCAAAAAGCCCAGCUUGAGAAAACCCGCAACAGAAUCGUCUCAGAACGGCGGCGGGAGUGACGACACCACCUCCGGACCCAAGCGCAACCCGCUCCCCAACAGUCUAACUUUGGGUCCUGCUCCUGCUAAACCCAAACGACCCCCUAAAGUGGACCUGGACGACUUCAGAAGAGCUGCUGGGGUCUUCACUGGAAGUACUUCCAACAAAACCGUCACCCCGACUUCUUCGACUCCUGGUAACCAUAGCAACUCCACCACCCAGCCGCCUCAAAGUGCACUCCCCAGUCUGCCCCCGAGACCUAUUGGAACCAUCAUGCACCAAGAAGAGUCGUAUGACGACGUUGAGGAUGUGAAGAACACAUCCCCUCCUCCUCCUCCUCUUCCACCAUCCACAGCUCAUCCAAGUCAGAGGGCGAAGGAAGAACGCCACAACGACGACAGCGGAGACAUGUACGAGCCCCUUGAUGAACCGUGGGAAGAAGAAGAAAGGAAGAAAGAGAAGGAGGAGAAAAGGCAACAGGAGGCGGAGAAGAAGGAGCAGAAGGGACAAGAGAAGAAAGAACAAGAAGCCAGAAAGAAAUUCAAGCUGGUGGGGCCCUUGGAGGCCCUCCACCAAGGCAAGGCCCGUGUGGACUGCAGAGGCAGUAGGACAGAACUAGCGCUCAAGCGAGGAGACUGUCUGGACAUCGUUCGAGUCCAAGGCACCCCAGAGGGCAAAUGGCUGGGACGGAAACAGGACGGAUCCAUUGGCUACGUGAAGACCACCUCGGUGGAGAUCGACUUCGACACUCUGAAGAGCCAUCGAGCCCAGCAGGGGUCCAAGUGUGAUGUCUACGAUGACGUCGAUGUGGCCUCGUCCGACAGCAGUGGGAUCAGUGGACAAGGAGUGCUUCUGCCGCCCCCCCCAGAAGAGGAAGGGGAAAUCUACAAUGACAUCAUGGAUCCAGAUUUGGAUGUUCGUCCCGUCCCGCCCAGGUCCUCCUUCACAAAGCCUCACGCCCUCCUGAAGAUGUUUGAGAGAAGCCGACGUCCAGCCAGCGUAAAAAUACUGCCUCCACCCAGCCCCUUCACGGCAGACCAGCAUUCAGCUGCAGCAGUUGACGAUGAGAUCUACUACGACGUCGACGCCCAAAACCAGCCUCCUCCUCCGCCCAUCAGCAGCAUUCCCAGCCUAAAAGGCAAAGGCAAGGCGGCGGAGGAGUCCAACCCAAAGAAGCUGAAAAAGCUCGAGAAGGACGAGAAAGAGUUCAGGAAAAAGUUUAAAUACGAUGGGGAGAUCCGGGCGCUGUACCAGGUGACCAUCGCCACCCCCAGCGCUCCGCUCAACAAGAAGUGGAGCGGCAAGGAGCUGACGGUCAAAGCCGGGGAGAAAGUGGACGUGAUUGUCAAGGCCGCGGACGACAAAAUGAUCUGUCGCAACGAGGAGGGCAAGUUCGGUUAUGUUUCCACCUGCCAGGUCUCCACCGACGACGGCGACAUUUACGAUGACGUCGGCGAUGAUUGCAUCUAUGACAAUGAAUGAGGAUCACCGUGGACAUAUUUUUUUUUUAUGUAUUAUGUUAUUUAAUUGUGUUUAUUGCCGCUUUGCUUCACAAGCAGAAAGCAUUAGCGGCGGCCAUUUUGGUUCUUAGCUAGCAGAACAGCCUGAAGUCAACAAACAAGCAACAUCAGUAUUUAAACGUUUUCAUUUGUGUUGCUGAUUUUAAAGUUCUCACCUCUGUCUUUGGUACAUUUAUCCACAAAAAGAUGGCAUUCAAAAUUUGAAAUGUUUUGGUCGAUUGAAAUAUGUACAUAAUAGAGCCAUGUGAUGUACAUAACACCUACUGUAUAUGACUGAAAGUCUUCACGCUUUUGAAUUGAA